GAAAAGCGAUCGUAUGCAAAAUGCCAGCAAAUAAUGACACAGAUACAAAAUCAGAGUAGUAUUUUGAUUUCACUUUCCAAGGCCCCACUUCAUUUUUUUUUACAUUAUUGGCGAUUUUUCCGUCACCUAGGAUGGCCAUAUAACAUAGCAUUUCCCACUUUUCUUUGUUUGAAAACAGUUCUAAAGCGUUUGAAACUACUUAUGUGCAAUUAUCAUCUUUGCUCAUCUUGAGAUGCAGUUUUCUCUUUUCUCAGCCAGAUGGUGCUGCCUUGACAGAGACGGACAUUUUCAGUCUGAUGAAGCCUGCCCUUUGCCACAGUGAGAGUAUACAAAAAGAGCCAAAGCAGGAGAAUCUUAUUGCUCAGUGCUAAUAUACGCUCACUUUUGAAUGUUCUGUCUUGUUUCGUGACUUUCUGGGUCAAAGACCAGAUGUGGUGUGAUAUGCUGCGGUUCUGCAAGUUGCCUGUCUUUCCUUCGAGCAAUAUGAAGAUUGAUUUUGCCCCAGUCGGCGUGCCCCUCCACAGGAGACUACAGACCGUCGCCGUGCUGCAAUGGGUUUUCUCUUUCCUUGCCUUGGCACCCACGUGCAUCUUCCUGUUCAUCUACCUGCUGUUUACGCGUUACUGGUUGAUCAGCGUGCUCUACUCCAUCUGGUGGUUCUUUGACUAUGACACUCCCGCACGCGGAGGGCGUAGGAUGUCCUGCUUGUGCGGAAUCAAAGUCUGGGACUACAUGCGGGAUUACUUCCCCAUCAAGGUGAGAUGUAGAAUGCUGCUGUUGAUGAUAAGACACGUAUUCAAACAAUCUUCCGGAUCGAUAUUUUGGGUAAGCUUUACCCUCAGCAUUUCCGAGCAAAUUACUUUGGAUUUAUCUAAUCUGAUCUCCCAUCAAGAAGUGUCCUUAACUAUGUCCUUGCUAGCAAGUGACGUCCCCUUUAUUCCUGUAGACUGUGUAUGUGUUUCAAAUACAUCAGAGAAUCAGUAUUUAUCAAUAUAUAAUAAAUAUAUAAUACUCGCCGGAGAUUUAGAUUUUUAAGUAUAUUAAUGACUU